GCAGCUGCGAAGAGACUCUGUUUAAGUUUCUCAAGGAUUCCACAAAUAUCGGUGCGGGGCAGGCGGGGCACACAAAUAUAUAGAAGUCUCUAACUACCACCACAAAUCAAUUCAACCACAUUAUUAUCACCUACAAAGUACUAUACACUACAAGAUGAUCACCGGCCUCGCACACAUCAACCUGCUCGUUCCUCGGGGGACCCUGGACCAAGCUUACACCUUCUACGGGGAAACACUCGGUCUCUAUGCCGCGACGGUUCCCGAGCGCCAGAAAGGCACCAUUGCCUGGUUCAACUUGACAGAUGACCCCAAACCACAACAAAUCCACGUCGCAUUCGGCACAAAUGAACCCGAUUCGCCGCGACACCCGUGUUUUCGCAUCGAAUCGAUGGAAGCACUACAGGCGUUGCGACAGCGUCUCUGGGAGCAUCAUUUAAAGGGAGAUGCUGCGGCUCCAAUGCAUGUUGAUAAGCCGGGGGAGAAGAUUUCUGGCCCGUCUGGAUUUGAGUACCCAAACCGAUUUUUUGCCAGAGAUUUUGCCGGGAAUCUGCUGGAGUUCAGUGUGUGAUUUAGAUAAAUCGACGCAAAUGAAUCCGGAAAAGUAGUCCGAGUGUGGGACUUAUUCCGCUGUCAUGGGCUAUUUUGAAGCAUGUUAUUGGUAGAUAGAUGUUCCGACAGAAUGGUUAGGCUACUGCCACGGGAGCUAAACGAUUUCCGGUAUAGUUCGGUACUUUAUUUUCGUGGCGUGGCGGUUCAGACGAUCAGGCGUAUUUCACUUAUUGUUGUUAGGCUUUCAGGGGUAAUUGAUGAUCAUAAGGCGGAUUAAUCUAUUUGUUGCAGCUAAAACAAUAGUACUUUACAUAGUACAUUAAGAAAGCCGUGUGAUUCUGAAAUAAGCACACAGCCCUGCGAUCUUAACCUGAUA